AUGCUGUUUAAUUUCAGGAUCCUGUUGAACAAUGCAGCUCUUAGAAAUGGUCAGAGGUUUGUGGUUCGAAAUUUUCGAUGUGGACAACCAUUACAAAAUAAAGUACAGCUGAAGGGUCGUGACCUUCUCACUCUAAAGAACUUUACAGGAGAAGAAAUUAAGUAUAUGCUAUGGCUAUCAGCAGAUCUGAAAUUUAGGAUAAAACAGAAAGGAGAGUAUUUGCCUUUAUUACAAGGGAAGUCUUUAGGCAUGAUUUUUGAAAAAAGAAGUACUCGAACAAGAUUGUCCACAGAAACAGGCUUUGCACUUUUGGGAGGACAUCCUUGUUUUCUUACCACACAAGACAUUCACUUGGGUGUGAAUGAAAGUCUCACCGACACAGCCCGUGUCUUAUCUAGCAUGACAGAUGCAGUGUUGGCUCGAGUGUAUAAACAAUCAGAUCUGGACAUCCUGGCUAAAGAAGCAUCCAUCCCCAUUGUCAAUGGGCUGUCAGAUUUGUACCAUCCUAUCCAGAUCCUGGCUGACUACCUCACGCUCCAGGAACACUAUGGCUCUCUGAAAGGCCUUACCCUCAGCUGGAUUGGGGAUGGGAACAACAUCCUGCACUCCAUAAUGAUGAGUGCAGCCAAAUUCGGAAUGCACAUUCAGGCAGCUACUCCAAAGGGUUAUGAGCCAGAUCCUAGUAUAAUCAAGUUGGCAGAGCAGUAUGCCAAGGAGAACAGUACCAAGCUGUCGCUGACGAAUGAUCCAUUGGAAGCAGCUCGUGGAGGAAAUGUAUUAAUUACAGAUACUUGGAUCAGUAUGGGACAAGAAGAGGAGAAGAAAAAGCGGCUCCAGGCUUUCAAAGGUUACCAGGUUACAAUGAAGACUGCUGAAGUGGCUGCCUCUGACUGGACAUUUUUACACUGCUUGCCCAGAAAGCCAGAAGAAGUUGAUGAUGAAGUGUUUUAUUCUCCACGAUCACUAGUAUUCCCAGAGGCUGAAAACAGAAAAUGGACAAUCAUGGCUGUCAUGGUGUCCCUGCUGACAGAUUAUUCACCUCAGCUCCAGAAGCCAAAGUUUUAA